ACCAACACAAAAAUUAUUUUUGGUACGGGUUUUGAAUGCCGCGAAUUUAAUUUCCUCAAAUCUAAACAAUGUUCGACCACACGCUCGCCACCCAACCCAUCCCGGGCAUCACGCCGGAGCUGUUUUACCGCGCCGCCAACAUUUACCUCCAGAAGCCGCACGUCGUGAACCGGAAGCUGUUUGGAGCGAGCACGUUGGCCACGUUCCGAGUUCGGCGGGGUGAUCCGGUGGACGUGGACGAACUGGUGGACCGGUUGCGGGAGCGAUUGUCCGCUGGGGGGGAGAACGACGGAAUUGAGAAGGGUGUGCGGGAGGUUUGCGAUGACUUGGGGUGGGAAGUUGAGCUGCUUCCGGAGGGAGUGGAUUUGAACGGGUUUGAGGGAGGGUAUUUGGUGCUGAAGAGGUUGCUGCCUAGGAAUUUGAACGUGUUUAAGCCGCUGGAAGUUUUGGCGAUUGUUGACCCGGAAUUGAAACGGAUUACUUUUCGAUGCCUUCAAGACGAAGAGAACAACCUAACUCCAAAGUUCAGCUUUGCAGUGCAACUGGUUGAAGAAACGUUGUCCAUAAGAUGUAAAUCAAGCCCAACUCCGGAUGAAAAGUCCUCGAUCUGGUUGAAGGAAGUCUUGUUCCGAAGACUUCUGAAAUGGAUCGACAACCUGAUCCAGAAAACAGACCAAAAGGGUGAGCAAAUCUCGCUUGGUCUAAUCAACGACCUGGAAGAGUACAACCGGUUGUACGGAGAGCUGAAGACCAGGUACGGCACGGAAAUGGUUCGGAUCUGGCCGGAAUCGACCGAUCCCCGGAAGUUCGUCUACGAAGACGUCGCAAUUGCCACCUAUCUGUUGCUGCUGUGGAAGCAGGAACGGGAGGAAUGUGGUUUCGAGGCGUUGCAGUCUUUUGUGGAUCUUGGCUGUGGCAACGGGCUGCUGGUGUACAUUCUGGCCUCCCAAGGACAUCCCGGAGUGGGGAUUGACUUGAGGAAGCGCAAAAUUUGGGAUUGCUUUCCGGGUAACGUGACACUUCGGGUGGAAUCUAUUGAUCCUUCGGGGAAUGCCCUCUUCCCGGACACGGAUUGGAUCAUCGGAAAUCACUCGGACGAGCUGUCCCCUUGGAUUCCGGUGCUGGCCGCUCGUAGUGCCUUCCGGUGUCGCUACUUCCUGCUGCCUUGUUGCGCGUUUGAGUUUGACGGAACCAAGUUCCAGCGGCAGAACUCGUCCGUCAGUCAGUACGGGGACUUUCUGCGUUACGCCAAGCAGAUCUCCGCCGUUUGCGGCUUUGAAACGGCGAUGGACCGCCUGAAAAUCCCCAGCACGAAGCGAACCUGCCUGAUCGGCUCGGAACGAACCUACCGGGAGGACCAGUUUGAAGAGAACCUCGCUAAAAUCCAAACCUUCAUCGAUUCCCGGACGCCGGACACAAGAUUCAAAGCUCGGCCCGCCGAAGAAAGAGUCCGGAACUGCACCAAGAUCAGCCGCAGCGUCGUGGACGAAAUUGUCCGGAUUGUGUUCGAGGCGUUGAUCGCGAAGCGGCACCUCGCCGAAGAGCACUUUCCCGGGAAGGGUUGGAACGCCGGCGGGACGCUUGCGAUCGGCCAGCUGGUCCGGUUGAUUCCGGCGGAUCGACUGGCGGCUCUCAAGUCGGAAUGUGGCGGACUGCAGACGUUGCUGCGGAACAAUCAUCAGAUAUUCGCGGUGUUGAACGGGACGGUGCAGUUGAGGUUGCCUACCCGGCGGGGGAUUGGGAGUAAAACCGAGGAGGAGUUGAAGCGCAAGGUGAAGAAGCAGAACCGGGGGAAUCGGAUGGCGGAUUUGAAGGAGCGGCCGUGCUGGUUCUUUGGGAAUCAUCCGGACGGGUGUCCGUUCGAGGAGGAGGACUGUAAGUUUAAACAUUGACGGUGACUUUGUUAAA